AUGUCGAAAGCCGAAGAUCAAAUGAAAGCCGAGGCCAUCCAGGCUCUCGAGACGCAGGAGGACCUCAACUGCCCCGGCUUCGAAUCGAGCCGCGUGUUUGCGCUCACCGCCAAGCUGCUGGACAACCCGCCUCCUGGCUUCCCGUCUCGCAAGCGCCUUGUGCGAUCGCUGCAGAGCAUCUACCUCUUUGUGAUCCAGCCGUCCGCUGCCAUCGAUCCCUCCAACCCCCGCACCAAGCCGGUCAUUGGCAAAACUUCCACUUCUGGCGGCGCUCUUCGACCCGCGAUGUGGUUCGCAGAUUUAAAAAAUACUGGCCGCAUUGGUCGAGGUCAGCCACCCAAGACCGUUCUGGGUCGCAAGCGCAAGGCCGACAUCGUCAUUGAGUGCAGAGACCGCGACUUCCUAGACCUCGCAGUAGGCAAAGUGCAAGCCCACAAGCUCUACAACGAAGGAAGGAUCAAGAUCAAGGGAGAUCUGGAUCGCGCCCUUAAAUUUGCCAGCCUCAUCUCGCAUGAGCGCUCCAAGAUCUACGGUACCCCUACUCCUGCAGCUGACACUGAGGCCAAAGUCGCAGUCGCCGAACACGAACGUGAGGGUCACAGCGGGCGUGACAGCGACUAUGGUAGUGGUGCUCCAGCACCGCUUCCUGACCGUGCCAGGCUUUGA